AUGAAUAUGAAAUCAAAGUAUAACAAGGUGAUAAAGACGCUAUCUAUUUGCCAGGAGGACAUUUGGAAUGCAUUGAAAAUGAUUAUUCCAUUGGAAAACAGUUUUAACACUGAGACGAUUGAUGAUAAUGAGGUGUGUGUAGUGCCUAAUGAGGCCAACUUUCAGCUGCCAAAUGUUUUCCUGAGGACUGCUCCAAAUCCAGGAUACCAGAAGCUAAUUAAUUGCAAUGUGAAUGCAGUGGAGUGGAAUAAAGUAGUGGAUGAGGUUCUAGAGAUGUUUGAGGAGAUGGAAAUUAUAUCUGUUCCUGAAGUGUUGGCACAAAGAUGUCCUGUUCAGCAAGAUGUGUUGAAGCGGAUGGUGUGUGAGAGAUAUGGAUAUAAAUGA